AUCUCGACGACGACGACAACGACGACGAACUAGCCACCGCCAACUGCCAUGAGCGACUUGGACAGACAAAUCGAACAACUCACGCGGUGCGAACCCAUCUCGGAGGAACAAGUCAAGCGGCUUUGUUUGAAAGCUAGGGAGAUACUUAUAGAAGAGGGGAAUGUCCAGGUUGUUGAUUCGCCUGUUACAAUAUGUGGCGAUAUACAUGGCCAGUUCUUUGAUAUGAUGGAACUCUUCAAAGUCGGUGGGUUCUGCCCGGAGACGAACUAUCUAUUCAUGGGCGACUUCGUAGACAGAGGCUUCUACUCCGUCGAAACCUUCCUCCUCCUCCUAGCUCUAAAAGUCCGCUACCCAGACCGCAUAACCCUCAUAAGGGGGAACCACGAAUCACGCCAGAUUACACAGGUCUACGGGUUCUACGAUGAGUGUCAGAGGAAGUAUGGGAGCAGUAAUGUGUGGAGGUGGUGUUGUGAGGUGUUUGAUUACCUUGCGCUUGGUGCGAUUGUGGAUGGCGCGGUGUUUUGUGUGCAUGGCGGGUUGAGUCCGAAUUUGCAGGGGAUUGAUCAGAUUCGCGCUAUUGAUAGGAAACAAGAAGUUCCACAUGACGGGCCGAUGUGUGAUCUUUUGUGGUCGGAUCCAGACGAUAUUACAGGAUGGGGUCUCUCUCCCCGGGGAGCGGGAUUUCUUUUUGGCGCGGACAUAACGAAAAAAUUUGCACAUAAUAACGGCAUUGAUCUUAUUGCUCGAGCCCACCAACUUGCGAUGGAAGGGUAUAAACUCAUGUUCGAUCAGACGAUCGUCACCGUCUGGAGCGCACCCAAUUACUGCUAUCGGUGCGGCAACGUCGCGUCCAUAUUGGAAUUAGACGAGCACCUCGCUCAGGAAUACAAAGUAUUCAGCCACGCGCCCCUUGACGUGAGAUCAAUACCUGCAAAACGUCCUCCUGCAGAUUACUUCUUGUAGAUCAUCACCCAUAUUUGUAGUAGCAUAUGUAUUCUGUCUUGUGCCUUUUGUCUACAUAGGCUAGGACCCCUGAAAGUACCCUUGGAACCCAG